GUCGCCUUGGCGUGAAUGUACCACCUAGAGCUCCCCACCACGACUUGGUAGCUCCCACCAUGACUUGAUAGCUCCCACCUCGCCUCACCCCAACCAGCAACACACCACCUUGCCACACCACCUUGCCACACAACCUUGCCACACAACCUCGCGGGGUCUUCAGCCAUGGGCACCGCACUCAAGACCUGGGAGCUCGAAAACUCCGUCGCACUCGUCGACCCCACCAAAGACGCCCUCUACUCAUACUCGGCCUCGGCACAGAAGUCCAUCAACGAAGCACACCCAUGGCGCACCGAUCCAAACUACUUUACCAGCGUGCGCGUCUCGGCAGUGGCGUUGCUGAAGAUGGUCAUGCACGCGCGCGCGGGCGGUAGCAUCGAAGUCAUGGGCUUGAUGCUCGGCAAGAUCGAAGCCCACACCUUUGUCGUCACCGACGCCUUUCGAUUGCCCGUCGAGGGCACCGAGACGCGUGUCAACGCGCAGGACGAGGCCAACGAGUACAUGGUCGAGUUCCUGCAGCGCGCGCGUGAGCAGGGUCAGUGUGACAAUGCCGUGGGCUGGUAUCACAGUCAUCCGGGCUAUGGAUGCUGGCUGUCUGGCAUCGAUGUCAACACUCAGAAGACGCAGCAACAGUUCCAGGACCCCUUUUGCGCCAUCGUCAUUGACCCUGACAGGACCGUCUCGGCGGGCAAGGUGGAAAUUGGCGCCUUCCGCACCUAUUCAACAGAGUAUGUCGAGAACAAAGAGAAGACAGGGGGCUCCAAGACGGUAGACGCCGAUGGAUUCCAGACGAUUCCUCUUGACAAGAUGAUGGACUUUGGUGCCCAAGCCGACCACUACUACCCCCUUCAAGUCACGCACUACAAAUCCUCGCUCGACGCCAAACUCCUCGAGGCCCUAUGGAACAAGUACUGGGUCCAAACGCUCUCGUCGUCCCCACUCAUCAGCAACCGCGAGUACGGCACCAAGCAGAUUACGGACCUGGCGCGCAAGAUGCAGCAGGAGACGGCCCACAGCAAGCGCAACAAGGGCGGGGGCUUUGGUGGACCUGCGUUCGCUGGGCCUGGACACACAGCCGACAAGGGACAGCUGGCCAAGCUGGGCGCGGCAGGGAGCAAGAUUGCGAGGGAAGAGGACAUUGGGCUUCUGGCAGCAAAGGUCAAGGACAAGGUGUUUGGGAUGAAUGGGGCGGGGCAGGUAGAGAGCCAGGAGGUGGAGAUGAAGAGCUGAAUUAUGAACUACAUGAUGGACAUGGUAUGACGGGAGAAGAUGCAUGGGUGGGCGUUUUGGGCGCUGUUGCAGGCGCGGGCAUAGAAUGCGGCAUGACAUAUGGAUGCUAUGGUUUUGGGGGUGUUUCUUUGCUCUUAACAAUUCAAUCUCUUCAACGUCUCCUCCCUCCCAAGAAU